AUGUGUGUGCGCUGGCACGUGUGCGCGACUAGAUGUGAAUCUGUCAGCUCCACUAGAGACACGUCCUCAAAGCCAAAGGCGGCAGCAAAAAGCGAAACCGAAAAUCAAUUUGCUUCGCCGAGGGCUAGAGAAGCCACAACCAAACAAAGAGACGCCGGCUGGCGGGCAAAACGCGCCCCAGCCGCGCACGGAGCCGGCUCGGCACGCGCGGGCCGCCGCGCAGGGGCGCUGUUCACUGAGCGCACCCCGAGGGUGGGCCCGGUCCGCGCGCGCGUGCGCGGCCACACACACACCGCGCUCUCGCCAUCCCGCACCCAGCAUGAAUUCAGCCAGAGUAGAAAAGAGCUGUGCCCCCGGGGCGCUUUCCCGGGGAACCCCAUCAGUCGCUGCGUGCAGAGCCAGGGAAUCCCCGCAAACUCCCCGCGCCGGGGUCUUCCGAGCCCCAGCCUGGGCGAGCACCCUCACCGCGGCGCAGACUCGAUGGACACGCGAAUCCAGGCAGGGAGCUGUUGGAGCAGGCGUGGAUCCCAGGGACACCCCCUGCGCGCGCGCGCACAUACACACACGCAGACCCCGUGGGAGGACAGACUGCCGGCGACCGCUCGCCGCGCUGCCGGGCACACCAGCCGCAGCUACUCACUAGCGAGUCUGUCCGUCAGUCAGCCCGGCAGAGAGUGGAACCGCGGGAGGUGGGACUAUGGAGCUACGGGGAAAGUUGGGAGCCGCCUGGGGACGCGGCCUCGGUGCAGCCGCUGA